AUGGAAGAGUUAAAAAGCAAUGCAAUGAAUAGAAAUAAACAGGAAAUGUAUGAUAACAAUGAAGAAUAUUUCAAAUUUAAUGAAGAAGAGGAAAAUGCAUUUUUCCUCAAACCAACGGAAUUUGUUCAAAAUAGAGAAAAAAUAUUAAAAGAAUUUGUUUCAAAAAAAUAUGAUGAUAUAAUAAAAAAGAAUAUUCUAAAGGAGAAUAUUGCAUGCACCUAUUUUCAGGUGAUUCCAAAUAUCGUCACUUUUACAACUUAUGAUCCUUUCAAAAAAUACGAAAGGAUAGUAUCUCUAAAAAAUAUUGAUAAAAAUGCGAGAUAUUUUAAGCUUGAAUUAGAAGAAAAUGAUAUCUUCAAAAUAUCGUACAUAUCAGACAAAAAAAAAAAGAUCGCACCGGGUAUGAUAUUUAGCUUUAAGGUAGAGUUUUAUCCUAAAUCCUACGAGAAUUACGAAUAUGACCUUCAGAUAUACUCAGAAAAUAAAUCUUUUACUUUGCCUAUACGGUGCAUAAAUGAUGAAAUAAUUUUGGAUGUACAAGAUGAAAUAAUAAUAGGUGAAACACCUAUAUAUAUGAAGAGUGAAAAAAAUAUCACAAUAAAAAAUAUAGGAAAAUAUGAAAAUAAAUUUCAACUUACAUUAAAUCCUCCUUUUUAUGUUAAUUCCUAUAUGGAUAUGCUUAAGGAAGGGGAAAUAACACAAAUUAAGAUUAUGUUCAUCCCGGUAGAAAACAAAACCUAUGAAGAUUACAUGAUAAUAAAUUACGAAAAUGGCAUAAGCACUUAUACAAAAAUACAAGGGAAAGGAAUUGUAGCGGAUGUGUAUAUAAAAGAUAAGGAAAUUACAGCUGAUGAUAUUUACAUUAAUACGUCCAAAGAAAUUAGCAUAUUCAUUAAAAACUUGUCCUUUUUUUUGCUAACAUACAAUUUAGUAAAAUAUCGCGUCUAUGAAUGUAAAUAUGACAACUCUUCAUCCGAUAUAAUAGAUGUAAACUUCGAGGAAGAUCAUAAAAUUAUCGAAAAGAUAUUUAUUUCGGACAAUGAAUUGUUGGACAGAAAUAUAAUAGAAAAUGAACUGUAUAAAAAUAGUGCGGAUUAUGAAUGUGAAGACACUUAUACCAGUAGCACCAGUCCAAGCGAAAAACGGGAUGAAGACAAAUUAACCGAUAAUGAGAUCCUUAAUAUUGAUUUAGGGGAAAAAGAUAAAGAUAAAUAUAAUAAUUAUGAUAAAGAUAUUGAUAUAUAUAAUGAUAAAUAUAAUGAUAAGGAUAGAAGUGAAGAAAUAGAAUACGAGCAAGAAUAUGUUAAUGAGUUGUAUGAGUCAAAAGAUGAUAUACAUAAUUUUCAGUAUUCUGAUAAUUCUUCUUAUAAUAAAUAUACAAAAAAAAAAAUUAUGGACGUUUACCCAAAAUACAAAAAGUUGUACAGUGACACUGAUGAAACUAUAACUGUUUCUAUAUGUCCUUCCUUUGCAUCGUUUUUUAAAAUAGUACUAUUUUUAUUUAUAAAAGGAUACAAGAAAGAAGAAAAAAUUGUUAUAUACUUAAAGAGUAUUGCACCUGAAAUUAUUAUAUCAAAUAGGUUACAAAAAAUUGAUAAUAUUCUUAUAAACACUUUCAAGACAUUAUCUUUUGAGCUAAUAAAUAACAGUCAAUACGAUAUUCCAGUCAAAGUAGAAAAAAUAGAGGAUAAAUACAAUGAAUUACACAUGGAAAGUAGUAAAUUUAUAAUACUUAAAAAUUCAAAAUAUAUAUUUAAAAUAAUUUAUGUGGCAAAAAUAAAUGGAUAUUCUGAAAAAGUAUUUGUAAUUCAUCAGAAAUGUACAAAAGUUAUAAAUAAAUUAUAUAUAAUAAGUAACUGCCUAUAUCCAGAUAUUGUUUUCGAUGUAGAACAAAUAAACUUUAACCAAGUAUCUCAUAGUUUUGAAUACGAAAAUUCGUUCCAUAUAACUAACAAUUCAGACUUAAUUGUAAAUUAUUCUUUUAAAAUAUCUGAUGAAUUGAAAGAUCAAAUAAAAAUUUUGAACAACUGUAAUAAGUUAGAAAAGUUUGGAAAAGAAAAAAUUACGAUAAUGUUUUGUCCCAAAAAUAUAGGAACCUAUCUUUGUAAUAUUGAAUUUUUUUUAAAUGAAAUUAAAACAUAUAAAAAGAUUAUACCAUUUUAUGCUAUAUGCUGCAAACCUGAGGUUGAAUGUUACCCAGUUUUUUUGAAUAUAGAUCCAAUGAUCAUAGACAAAAAAUACACAGAACAAGUUAAAAUCAUGAAUAAUUCUGAAGAUACCGAUGUAAAGUAUGAAUUAAUUUUAGAUGAAGAAAUAUAUGAUAUCUGUGAUUUAGAAGUUUCGGAUUCAAAAGGAAUUAUAAAAAGAAAAAAUUUUACAUUUCUAGAUAUUUGUAUAAAAAGCAAAAUAAUAGGUUACAUACUGAUAGUUGUUAAAAUAAAAAUAUCAGGUUAUGAGGAUCUAUUAUUUUUAAAUAUAAAAGGUUGUUGUACAUGUCCUACUAUAAAAAUUAUUCCCAGUAUUAUUGAUUUUGAAAAAUGCAAUUGCUUAGAUGUAAAAGAAAAAAUUAUUGAAAUCAAAAAUGAAAGUCCCAUUAACGCCUUUAUUAGUCUCUCAAACGAAUUACCGAUUUUCAACUAUUCGGCUAAUAACUUUUAUAUUGAGCCAUAUGAUUCAGUUUUUGUUCAUAUAUAUGGAAGAUGCUUAGAAACUACAUUAUAUAAUGAUUUGUUGAGGGUGAACGUUCACCGUAAAGAAGAUAUUAUUAUUCCUAUCAAGGCUCAAGGAAUAGGAUCUCCAAUAUUAAUAACCGAAAGUUGCAUAGACUUCGAUGUUAUUCACACAAACAAAAAAUAUUUCCACGAGCUUAUUAUUUUCAAUAAGGGAACAAAUGAAAGAAACAUAUAUUUCCUUUUUGAGUCUGAAAAAAAAAAAAAGAAAAAAAACGAACAUGCUGAAAUAUUUAAUGUUACCCCAAAAAAUUUGUGCAUAAAAGGGGAGGGUGAAACAGUUUGUAUUUUGAGCGCUUUUAAUAGUAAAGAAGAAAAAUGUGAAGACAUUCUUUAUAUAUAUGAAAAUACCAUAAACAAGAAAAAGGUAUCUAAUAAUUUUAAGAAAAUAAAUAUAGCAGCAUCCUUUGUUUAUCCAGAAGUGGAAAUAUGCGAUAUUGCAAAGUUUGUGUUCAAUUUUCAUGAGCAAGUUGAAAAGGGAAUCAAUGAAGGAGCAGAGAAAGAUAAAGAGAAUGAUGGAAUAGAAGAAAAGAUUAAACAUAUGAAGGAUAUAAACAAAUUAAUGCAAGAGAUUGAAAUAAAGAAUUUAAAAAAUGCAAACAUAAAGUUUAUAUUAUCCACGAAAAAACCAUUUUUUGUUGAGUCUGAUGUGAUUGAACUAAGAAGUAAGGAAAAAAAAAAAAUUGCUUUAUUUUUUGAUAUCGAUUUUUUGAAUAAUAAAAUGAAUAAUAAAUAUCACGAGAAUUUAAUUGUUAACUUUUUUGAGAAUAGUAAAAGACAAAAAUAUGAAAUAAGUGGUGAGACUGUUUAUCCUAAUAUUGUUAUGAACAAAACUUUUAUAGAUUUCCAGUAUAUUUUAAAAAAUCUAUACGCACAAGAAACAGUAGAAAUAAAAAAUGUGUGCAAUUUUAAAGUGUACUUUAAGUGGUUCUUUGAAGAAAAUAAUAUUUAUAAAAAUUUUAGUGAAGUUUUUAAUAUACAUCCAAAUAGAGGUUAUCUAUUACCACAAGAAAAGAAAAUUAUAACAAUUACAUACAAUAGUAUUAAUGAAAAUUAUUACAACAUUAAUAUAUUAUGUCACAUUAAAAACGGUCCUAUGUACACUUUGAAAUUAAUUGCUGGGUAUUCUGAUAUUAAAUACAAAAUAAAUAAAAAAGAAUUAAACUAUAAUAUUCAUUAUAAGUCUAUCGGGGAAGACUUCUUAACAAUACAUAAUACAGGGAAAAUCAAAUUAUUUAUUGAAAUUUUAUAUAAUAUAAAAUUACCCUCUUUACUAUAUACAAAUAUAAAUAAUUUUUUUAUUGAACCAAACAAUAGUAAAGACAUUAUUUUUUAUUUUAUACCUGGAAUCCCAUUAAACUUAAAUGGGAAGGUUUUAAUAAAGAUUUGUAACUUUGAAGAAAUUGAAAUAAAAUUAUAUUCGAAUAGCUACUGUAAUAUAUUGCAUUUAAACAUAGAUGAUGAUACUGAUAAUAUUGUGCAUACAGGCAAAAGUGAAAUAAUGGAUGGUGUACAUUAUUCAUCAGAAGAUGGUGAACAGCGAGUACAGUCUAUUAUCAGUGAUACUCGAAGUGACAAAUUUAAACAUAUAGAAAAUUUAAUAAACAAUAGUUUAUUAUUUACUGACGAAAAUAUAUACUAUGAAAACCAGAGGGAAAUAUUAAUUAAAAAGUUAAAAAAAAUGUAUACGAAUAUUUUUUUAUCACUUAAAGCAUAUAUUGAAGAUAUAUUAGAUGAAUAUUUCAACCUUUCGUGUAAAAAUAACAACAAUUUAUCAGAAGUAGACUUUGGGCUUGAUAAAAUACCCAAAGAAAACAUAUUAUUAGAUGAAAAUGGUACCUUUUCUAAUACUAAUGCAAGUGAAAUAGAUUCAUCUAGUAACCCAAAACAAACAUACAAUAUGAUAAGCAUCCUAAAAAAUUAUUGUCCAAAAAAUAAUAGUACACGCUUUAUCGAUUUGCUGAGAUCCUUUAUUCUGAACCAAAAAGACGACAACUACAUUUUGAGUAGUUUUUCAAGGCUGAAAAAAUUAGUAAAUUUUGAAAAGGUAUCAUGUUUCUACUAUAUAAGCAAUGAGCUCAUUUUAAAAUAUCUGAAGAGGGUAAUUUUAGAAAGCAACAUAGAAUUGAAGGCAUUUUCCUUAAAUAUAGGAAAUUUGAUAAUUAACGAAAAGAAAGAGAGUGUUAUUAACGUAAUAAAUGUAAGCCAUGAUAAAAUAAUAGUAAGUUAUAAUUUGAAAAACCUUGAAACUAAGGAUAUAAGAUUAACUUAUGAGCAAAAUGAAAUAAAUAGAAAUGAUUCCAUUAAUUUUAAAAUUGUAAUACAAAAGAAUUCUACAAAUGAAAAUGUAUUUUUUGAGAAAGCAUUUUUAUGUCUACAUGAUAAUAAUUAUUACACUAUUAAUAUUAAAUUUAAUUAUAUCAUACCUGACAUACUACUAUAUUACAGACAAAUGUAUUUUGAAAAAACGGAAAUAAAGAAUUGUCUGUGUAAAAUAAAUAGAUUAAUAAAUGCAAAAGAUGUUAAUAUUAAAUUCAAAAUAAAAAAUAUCAUAUUUUAUAAUAAAAAAUUAGAAUAUUAUCAUUUAAAAAAAAAACCUCAAAUAUUCGUAUAUCCUACUAAAGGGAUAAUUAAAAAGAAUUUUUAUUUAGAUAUUAGAAUAUUUUUUGAACCAUCAAAUGAAUAUAAAAAUGCAAAAAUAGAUAUUGAAAUUUUUAUUUACCAUUCUAAUUUUACAAAAACUAUAGAAGUUUACUUAAAUAGUGUAAGAGACCGAGUGCAGGUCGAUCCAUGUGAUAUAAUAGUUGAGCCACUUUUAUUUAAUAGUGGAGAGGUAUACAAAACAUUGAAAAUAAUUAAUUUAAGUGAUUAUUCCAAAUAUUUGUACAUAUAUAAAGUAGAUAAUUAUUAUAAGUACUUAGAAAGCUUUAUAUAUGAUCUUCUGAUGAUUCAUAAACAAUUAUACAUUGAAAAAAAUCAUGAAAAGGAUUUAUUUUAUAGCAACUUGGUAUAUUACUUAAUAGACUUGUAUAAAAAAAAAAUUGAAGAUAUACGAAAUAAUGGUAAAAUUGGAGACUUUAUAAAUGAUAAUGUUACUAUUCAUAAAAUAUGCGAUCAGAACAAUCAGGAUAAAAAACCACAAGUUCAAGUAACGAAAGAGAAUAAAGAAGAGAGCUAUACGAUAGAUUAUGGCAUCAAAAAAGACUUGAAAAAAAGCGAAUUUCGUGAAUGCAUAAAUGCAAAUAAGGACAGCAACAAAGGGGAAAAGGACAAAGAUAAAAGAAGGAAGAAAAAUGAUUUAGGAGAAUGGGAUAAGACUGAAGAAGAAAAAGACAAAAAUAAAGGCAAUAAAUGGAAAAUUAAAGGUGAUUGGGACAAAAAGGAAGGUGAUAAGGACAAAGAGAAAGAUGAAAAAGUACAGAAAUAUCAAAGAGAUGAAUUAACAAAAAAGAAGAAACAUAUUGAACUUUUAACAGAUUUUAAACCUUUAGAAAAACACGACUCAAAUGAAUCAGCUAUAGAAUCAGAAUAUCAACAAAAAAGUAUAAUAAUUUUAGAAAAUAAAAUUAAGAUAUUAGAGGAGCUAAUUAGGAGAAACGAAAAUAAGUACAAUUAUUUUGAAGAAUAUUUAAAAAUAAUAAAGACAAAAAAUAAAGUAAAAGAAAAUUACUUGGUGUUAUGUCCUAAAUAUAUCAAUCAUAAAAAAAUUGGGAGCUAUUUACUUAACAACGGUGCUUUGCAUUUUUCAAAAAAACGAGAAACUAAUAAGGGGUUUCAAUACGAUGACAACAGCCUUUUAACAAUCAGUAAAAUAAUUCAUUGGUGCAAUGAAAUUAAUGAGAAGGAUAGUAAUUAUCCGUUUAAUGUAAAGAACAGUUUUGUUCAUUAUAUAAUGCACGAAAAAAAUAUUAAUAGAAAUAAAUAUUCUUAUAAAAAAAUUAGGAUAUCUAAUAGAAAUAUGGAUGAUAUAUUGGGGAAUGUUGAACACACGAAAAAUUGUACAUAUAGCUAUGAAAACAACUUAGAUUACUAUAUUAGUGAAAUGUUAAAUAUGAGAGAAAAAAAGAAGGAAGGGUGUGAGGAAGGGAAUGAUAAUGAGAAGAAGGAAGCGAAGGAGGAAGUGAUUGAGGAAGAGAACGAGGAAGAGGAUGAAUUACACGAUCAUGUGAAUGAUAAAAAAAAAAAGAAUAAAGCUCCAAAUGAAAUUUUUAAAAAUGAAGAUACAGACGAAGAACGCACAAAUAAUGAAAAUAAAGCAAUACAGCCCCAAAAGGACAAUAUAGGUGAUAAGGGAAAAAAUGAGAAAUUGAUAUAUAUUUAUAAAAAUCAAUUUAAAAGAAAAUUAAAUAUAAGUAAGAUAAAACCAAAAAUAGAUAAUAAACAAAUAACGUAUAUAAAUAAAAAGGAAAAUAAUUAUAUAAAUGGUAAAAGACAAAAUCAACAAACUAGCAGCACAUAUGAUGAAAAAAUUUUUUUUAACAAGUAUAAUUUAAAAUAUAAAUUUGAGUACAUAAACUACUUUUUUCAUUUUGCACUUUUAAAUGAUGAAGCAUUUAUGAAUGAUGUUAGAUCAUUUUUAAAAUUAUCUAUGACAGAAAAAAAAAAGAACAAAAGCGAGAAUACUAUAAAAAAAAAAAAUAAUUUCACCAGCUUAUUUGAAAAGAUUCUAAAGAAAAUACUACUUUCCCCGUUAUAUAUUAAUGGUGUUGUCUUUUUUUUUAAAAAAAAUGAUUAUAUAAAUUCUGAACAAUUUUUUAGAACAUUUCUGAAAAUAAAAUUAGAUGAGAAUAUUAAUAUAAUAUAUUUGAAUCCAAUAGAGAGUUAUGAAGAAUUUUUCAAUACGUCUAAUUUUUCAGAUAGAAAAAAAGAAAAUGAAUGCCUAAAAACAAGCGCGGAACAUGAAACAGAAGAAGAACAAAACGGUAAAAAGUGGAAAGAGACAAACCACAAGAAGGGAAAGGAAACAAAUGAUAAAAAAAAGAAUGGAGCAAAUGACGGAAAGGCAAAUGACUUAAUUGAUGCGCAAAGGAUUAAAUAUUUUUAUGAAAACCUAAUAAGAAAAUAUCAAGAAAAGAUUGAACGUAAAUUGAAAGAAAAAGAGAAAAUUGAAAAAACAAUAGAAUCAUUAAAUAUAAAUGUAAAUACUAAUGAAUCUCCAACAAAUUUAUAUUAUGUUCAUAAUAAUGAAAAGAAGAAAAAAGACAUGGACGUAAUAAAAGGAAAGAAAGAAUUAAAAGGGCAGACUGAAAAUAUAGUUCAUAACGAAAAAUUAGAAGAGAAUGAAUCAUCAGUAGUCCUAACUGAGACAGAUAUAUCUAGGGGAUUUUUUAAAAAUGCUGAAAAAUUAGAAUGUGGCAAAGAUAAUGAAAUAUUUGAUGAGAAUAACAUAAAUGUUAGAGAAUAUUUAGAUGAUAGGGAAUGCCAUACUUAUAACUCUGUAGAAAAGUUAUAUGAAAAAAUUAUAAUUAACAAAAAAAAAAAUAAUUUGAAUAAGCAAGUAAUUAGCGAAUUAAACAUGUUUUGUGUCAAAAGAAAUGAAAAAAUUGACAUUAAAAUUAUUAAAUAUAAUAAAAAGGUGAACAAAAUAAAUAAUUAUUUGAAAACUAAUAAUUAUGUGGAUUUUGUAGGAUUUUACAAAGAGUUAAAAAUAAUAUUACACGUUUUAUUGAAACAAUAUUUAAUAAAAGGAAAUAAUUAUUCUUCCAAACUUUUUAGUCCUUUUGAGUCUAGUGAUGUUACAAUAGAUACUAUACAAAAUGAGAGGGAGCAUGAAUAUAAUAUAUUAGAAAGUGGAAGGGAAGAGGGAGAAAAGGAAGAAAAAAAAAACAAUACCUUCCUCAAAAGUAUACGUAUUGAGCUUAGUGAUAAAUAUAUCGAGAAAAUAUAUGAACAUGAUAUAGAUAUAGCAAAUGUAGAUGGAAAAGAAAUUGAUAAUAUGAUGACAUGUACAGAAAAAAAACAAAAUGAUAAUUGUAUCAUAGAGGGGGGAGAUAAUAUAAAAAUAGUGUCCAAUGAAAAAAUAUAUAAUAUACUUAGCUCACAUGAUAUUAAAAAAACAUAUGCGGAAGUAACCAAUAAAAGGGAAAAAUUACGUGAAAAAAUGCUAGACGAAAAGGAUUACAAUGUACCUAUGACAUUAAGCAGAAAUAUUACAGUUAGCCACUUGGAUGUUAAUAAAAAAGGGGGAGAUGUAAAAACUGUUAUGUAUAAAAAUGAUGAACUGAAGAAGUACUUAAAACAAAGUUUUGUGCAUGUAAACUUUCUAUAUUUUUUUAUAAAUGAGGAAGUAUGUUUUAGAAAAUGGGACAUCCUUAAUAUUAUUUCCAAUUUUAUACAAGAAAAAUAUAGGAAUAUAAAGACAUGUGCAUAUUUUUUUGAUAUUCCGGAAUCAAAAAUUUAUGACACUUUCAACUUGAGAAGUUUUAUUCAAACGAAAAAAAAUUUAGAAAAGUGGAAAAACAAUUUUUACAUUAACGAUGAGAUGGAAGAAAUAGAGCAAGGUGUGAAAAAAGGAGGAGAGAAGGGUGAAGAAUAUAGAGAGAACGAGAACAGAAAUAGACAAAUGGAAUUGUGUGAAAACCCCACAAUAGAAGGUGGCAUACACCAUGAACAGAAAGUAACAGAAAAUGCAGAUAUAAAAAAUGACAUGACGACUGGUAAAGGUAAAAAAAAAAAAAAAAGUGGAAAGAAGAAAGAUAGGGAAAAAGAGGAGAAAGCAAAAAGAGAAAAAGGGAAAAACAUAAAAGAGAAGGACGAAGUAGAAAAAGAGAAAGGAAUGAAGGACGAAAGAGAAAAGGGUGAAACAGAAAAAGACGAAGGGCAGAAGGGCGAAACAGAAAAAGACGAAGGGCAGAAGGACGAAAUAGAAAAGGAUGAAACAGAAAAAGACGAAGGGCAGAAGGACGAAAGAGAAAAGGGCGAAACAGAAAAAGACGAAGGGCAGAAGGACGAAAUAGAAAAGGAUGAAAUGGAAAAAAGAAAAAAAGAGAAAGACAAAAAAGACAAAGAUAAUGUAAAUAAAAGUGAUUAUGAGAAAGAAGGAGAAAAGCACAAAAGUAGGGAGAAAAGUAAGAAGGAGAAAGGGAACGAGAAAAAUAUCGAACAUGAAAAAGAUAAGGAGAUGAAGAAAGAAAGAGGAAAAGAAGAAAUAAAGGAAAGUGAAAAGGGUUGCAAAGACGAAAGGGUAAAGAAAGAGGAAGAGGGAAAAAAGAAGAAAAGAACAGAAAAGAAGGGGAAGGAAAAGGAAGAAAAUAAGGAGAAAGAGAAGGCAGAGAAAGCAGAAAAGGCAGAAAAGGAGAAAAGGGAAAAGAGAAGGAACGAGGUCGAGAAAAAGGAUAACAAAGGAAAAAUAGAAAGGGAUGAAAAAAUAAAUAAAGAAAAGGAAACAAUAAACCAUAAACAAAAUGAAACGAAAGUACAAAUGGAGGAAGGAAAAAAAAAUAAAAGGCAAAAAGGAGCUAGAGAAAAGGAGGAAAAAAGGAAGAAAGAUAACACUGAUGAAGUAAAAGACAAUGAAAAGAAGAAAACGGAUGAAGUAUUUCAAGAUACAAAAGAAGUGAAAAAUAAAAAAGAAAAAUAUGAAAAUAAGAAUUCAGAAAGAAAAGAAAGCUAUAAAAAAAAAAGUAUAACGAAUGAAUAUACAACAAAAAUUCAAAAAUAUAAUAUUAAUGAAAAGGAGGUAGAAGAAGAAGUAUACUUUGAAGAAUUAGAAAAAAAGAAAUAUGAAAUAAAGGAUGAAUACGAUUACAUGUUUUAUAAUGUUUGUAAUUCGUAUAAUAAAAAUGAAUUAAUUGGCAAUGUACAAAAAAAUAAUGAUCAGAAUAUAAUUGAAUUUUUACAAAUUGACACAUCGUAUGAUAAAAAGGAUGAAAUCAGGUAUAAAAAUUUAACUCAUGUAAUGCUAGAGAAAAAUAACUACAUAGAAUUGUAUAUAAAAAUUAAUACAUGUAAAAUAAUAAACUUAAGAAAAUAUAUAUGCUUAAUAGAUAUGCUUGGUAAUUAUCAUUUUUUAAAUGUACAUAUUGUAAUUGACAAGCCUAAAAUAUAUUCUAAUCCCUACUUCAUAUUUACAAACAGCGUGUCUAUAAGUAAUAAUAAAACUAAUUGUUUUAUACUAAUCAAAAAAUUGUACAACUUUGAUAAAGUUUUAAUUGGAAGAACUUUGCCUAUGUUUAAAAAUAUUAUACAAUCAGAACUGACAGAACACUGCGAAAAAUAUCUGUUAGAUUACUUAAUAAAUUUUGAGGGUAUAAAUUCCUCUAAACGUAAGGCAACUAAAUUUAUAGCAGAUAAAUUUAAAGUGGAUAAAUUUAAGGUGAAAAAAAUUAACAUAACAAAAUUUAAGGUGGAUAAAUUAAAGGCAGAAAACUCGGCUACUAUAAAUGUCUUGAAUUAUAGUGAAAAGGGGAAAAGUACAACAAAGUACAUGGAUGUGCUAAAAAAGGAUGCCCCAUUAAAUAUUGAUAUAUAUAAACAUUUGUAUAAACAUAUUCAGGUUUUGAACUUAUAUAAUUCCUCCUAUUUUGACUGUUUUGUUGAACUUUCUUUUGAAAAUAUGUCUUAUAAUAGUUGUAAUAAUCUUACGACUAAUGAUAGGAGCAGUAGUGAUCAAAACUUUCUAAUACAUAAUGAUUUUUAUGUAUAUCCUAGCAAAUUUUUUGUCUUAUCAAAGAAAUGUAAGAAAAUUAUAAUUUUAUUUUUACCUAGGAAUACUAAUUCUUUUUUUGAAAAAUUAUUAUUGUCUAUAUAUUCCAUAAAAAAUGAAAUUAACGAUGGAAAUAGUAAAAAAGACUCCAUUUGUAAAAAUAACAAGAAAACAGAUAUAAUUAGUACUACAAUUAACGAAAACAGUUCAAUACUUCCAUAUGAUAAUUUGUUCUAUAACAACAUAGAUAUAUCAAAUAAAAAAAUUGGUAAUAAUAUAUAUGACAUAUUUUCUUUAUGUUUAAAGGGAGAAGGAAUAAAAUGCUCCCUAAAAAUUGAUCAGAAUUACUUAAAUUUUCAUAAAGUUCUUUUAUAUUCUAUUCAGAGAAAAACAGUGGAAAUUAAAAACAAUAAUUACUGUGAUAUUAUAUGGUUUAUUGAUUCUAACGAUUUGAAGGAUAAUUUGUUGUUGCAUAUAAAUCCAGUGAGAGGAAGCUUAUUAAAAAAUGAAAAAAAAAUAAUCACAAUUACUGUGAAUACAAAUAAUGUUAAUAUAAUUAAAAAAAAUAUCAAAAUUAAUUAUGUUGAAAAUAAAUUACCUAAAAAUGAUAAUGAGAAGAAAAUUAUUUAUUUCACUCCUAUAACUGUUGAAGCGGAAAUUUGUAAAUCGUUCAUUCAGGUAGACGUUGAUAUGUUAGAUGAAAAUGAAGACGAAAAAUUCGUUUCCUUAGUAGACUAUGAUAAAAUUAGUGGUGAAAAGGAAAAACUGAAAAAUGACAAUAUUUCUAAAAGUAUUAUUUCACUAAAAAGUAGUAAACUUACACAUUCAAAUAAUACCUUAAGUGAUGUUAUAGAAAAAGAUAUUAACUUCAAACAUGUGCAAGUAAAUAAAACGAAAAGUUGUUUAUUUAAAAUAAAAAACACAGGAAAGGUUAAAAUAUCCUUUUUUGUAGAAUUAAAUGAUGAGUCUUUUUUAAAUUUUAUAAGUAUUGAUAAAGUUAGCGAUACCAUAAAUUCAAAUGAAAUGAAAAAUAUUAAACUAAAAUUACGGUCAUGUAAAAAAACAAGGUUUCAAAAUAUACCACUCUUUAUACAUAUCUAUGAUGUAGAUAACAACUACAUUCAAUCUUACAAGUAUUUACUUUCUAUUUACUUUGAUUAUAAUUACCUUAAAAUUGUGCCGCCUAUUCUUAAUUACGAUUCUGUUGAGGUGAAAAAAGAAGAAACCAGAUUUUUUAAAAUAAUUAAUGAUGGAUAUUUUGAUUUUAAGUAUACCAUUAAAUUAUUAAAAGGUAAAAUAAAAAAUAAAGAUACUCAUAAAAUAAUUAAAUACAGUAAUAUUAUGGAAAAUAAAGAGGGAAACAAAGAAAAUGAAAUGGUAAAUCCUUUUGUUAUUUCGCCUAUGAAAGGCUUAAUAAAAUCAAAGGCAGAACAAACAAUCACUGUUCUCUUUAAUUCUUCUGAAGAAAAUUAUUACAAAUAUAUAUAUAUUAUAGAGAUAGAUAAUCUUAUGUCAGAUAUCAGCAUAAAUAGUAAGAAAAAAAAUGUAAGAGGAAAAAAAGAAAUGAUUGAUAAUAAGUACAACGAAGUAGUUAAAAUAUUUGCGUAUUCUGUUAAACCACGAAUUUGUUGUGAUGUAAAAAAUAUAUUUGAAGAAGUAUUCAUAUUAAAAAAAACAGAUAUGUAUUGCAACUUUUUAAAUUAUUUUUUAAGUAAAAACAGUUACUACAAUGUAGAUGAUAAUACGUUAUAUUAUAAAUAUGCUUAUGUUAAUGAAUACAUUAAUGAAAGAAUAAAAAUUUCAAAUACGUCCGAUGUAAACGCAAAUGUGAAGGUAGAAAUAAGAGAAAUAGACUUUUUAAAUUAUGAUAAUAAGAAAGGAAAGGAAAGUAAAAGGGAUAAAGAAAUGGAAAAAGAAAAUCAAAAAAGAAGAGCCAUUUCUUCUACUCAGGAUAAAUCAACUUUUAAAUUUCAUAUGAGAACUGAAAAUUACAAUGAAGUUAAAUCCAAAUGGAAUUUUAAAGAAGACAGUAUGGGCACUAAUAAUAGUUGUAGCAGUAAUACUGUUACCAUGAUUGUAAAACGCUACCAACACAAUUAUGUAGACAUAUGUUUUUAUUCUCAUCAAAUAGUAAGUAAAAAAUUUCUCUUAAACGUCUAUCUUGUAAAACCACAGAAUACUUUAUGCUUCUCUUUCUACAUAAGUGUAGAAUUUUUUUUACCCUCUAUUAAUUUGAUUAUACCACACUGUUUAUUAACACAACAUCGAGAAGAUAAAAUUUUUGAUCUAGGGAAUAUCCAUUUAAACAGUAUAAUAUCAUUUAAAAUAAAAUUUAAAAACUGUUUUAAGUACCCAGUUUUUGUUAAUGUUUUCUUUGAAAAGCUCAAUGCUAUUUUCGAACUCAACGAUAGUUAUGAUGAACAAGCAAAUAAACAACUAAAUAAUAGGGAGUUAAAAAUAUGCAAAGAUUCAAAUGGAGAAAUAGGUAGACAUGUGGAGGUAAAGGAUAAAAACAAGAAGAAAAACAGUGUCUAUAUUACUACUCCUAACGACAGAGACGAGAAUCCUAAAAUAAGUACAAAACUCAAUUAUGUGUAUGGUGAAAAUUUAAGGAGUAAUAAAAAUAUGAUUAGUCAAAAUGAAGAAAAUGAAAGCAAUAGAAUUAACACGAUUCUACAUGAGCAAACUAGAGAGAAUUAUGUGGAAAAGCAUGAUAGUAUUAACAUCAAUCGUACUGCUAAUUAUGGAACCUGCGUACUAGAAAAAAAAGACAUUUACCUUGUUUCAAAUAAUAAUUCUGUUUUUAAUAAUGGCACAGACAAAAUUCUGUUAAGAAAAAGUAAUAGUAUUACUUAUUUUGAUUACAAAAAUAUUAAAGAUGUAAUAUAUAGGUCUAAGGGGGGGAAAAAAAAGCAUAUGUUUAAUUUGGGCUAUUUAUAUUAUAUUGGAAAUAGAAACUACAUUUUAAAAGAAGGUGAUGUGGCAAAUUUUAAAGUAAAAAUAGACAAAAAAAAAUUACAGAAUGAAAUAAGGAGUAGGUACACUCUAAAUGACAGUUCUAUGGAAAAAAUUACUGAAGAGAUGAGCAAAGGAAAUAUUGCUGAUGAAUUAGACGAAUCAUAUUUUGAAGAAAUAAACAACAUCAAAGGGGAGAAGAAAAAAAACAAAAAUAUUAAAAAAAAAGACAGGAGCAACAAAAAGAAUGAGGGUAAUUUUCAUGAAUAUUUAAAAAAAAAUUCCGGAUCUGCUCUUCUUCAGUAUAGUGGUGCAAAAGAUGUGUUAGGGUGUAUAUGUGUGAAAAUUUUGAAUAAUAAUUACGAAUUUUAUAAUUUAAAAUUUUUAGGAAAUAUAAUAGAAUCAAAGAAUUAUUGGAACUUUGAAAUUUUGAAAAACGAUAUAAAAAUUGCAUAUAGAAAUAAGGACGCAAGUAUUUUUAAAAAUCACAUAAAUUUUGAUUUAGUACCAAUAAAUUAUAAUCAUUUAUUUAAGGUUUACUAUACGAAUGAAAACAACUAUCCUUUAUAUUUUAAUAUAGAAUUAGAUAAAAAAAUAAAAAAUAUCAUUGAUAUUAAGCCUUUAAAUGGUUCAAUUUCGCCUAAUAGUUCUUCUUUGUUCUAUCUUCAAAUUGAUGUAAAGGAACCUAUCAAUUUAAUGAAAAAACAAAUACCUUGUAAAUUUUCUUUAUAUCCUUUUAAUAAAAAAAUUACAAAAAUAAAAAGUGAGGAUGGUGUGUUUGACGAUUCUAUAUAUGUAAGUUUAUCAUCGGAAGAAAUAAAAGUUGCUUAUACCAAAAAAAAAAUUAUUUUUAAAAAUAUCCCUUUCUUUAACUAUUCCCAAAACGAUGUAUUGUUAGAAAAUCUGUCAAAUGUAAAAUUAUUUGCUGAAUUGUGUAUUGUACCUGUAGGUGACUCAGAUGAUAUAACAUCUGUUUAUUCAUUUUAUCCUUUUAAGGAAAAAAAUAUAAUUUCAUUGUUGAAAAAGUUCGAUGAGAAUUCCUUAUUAAAAGAAACUACAAUGAGUGAACAAAAUCACAUUGAUUGUUUGCCGCCUGUUAAUAAAAAAGUGGAAAAGGUAAAAAAUGAAUUAGAUGUAAAUGAUAUAGUGAAGCAAAAUAAUAAAAAUAAUGAAUUAACAGAUAAUCCUCAUAAUAAAGGCGAGGAGGAAAAAUUGAACGAAGGUAAAUCAAUUGACGAAUUCUACUUGACUAAGUACGAUUUGAACCUGUCUGGCUGCAGUGAAAAUUACGAUAGAGAUAAUGAUCAUAAUAACAAACUAGACAGUGGUUAUAACGAGACAAGAAAAAUGAACGAGAUCAUCCAUAGAGGAAAAAAUGAUCAGUGCAAAGCUAUUAAAAAAUAUUUUACUAUUAAUGGAAGGUGCAAGAAACAUAUAAAUGUAUAUUGCUUUCACCAUUUGUAUAAGAAAAGAUUUGACGCUGUACUACAUAUAAAAAUAAAAUUUUAUGAUGAAAUAAUUAUACCAAUUAAAAUGAUAUUUGAAAAUUUUGAACAGAAUGAUACAUUCAUACUUACAGAUUUCAAAUAUAAUGGACUACUAGUUGACAAAAUGGACGAGAAGAAAAAUAUUCAGAAAAAGAAAAACAUUCUAGUGGUAAGUAGGAGUUCGUUGAAUAAAAUAAAUCAUAAAAUACAUAUAUUGAACAUUUCUGAUAAGAGUGUUGAGUAUUUUUUUGAGAAGGCUGAUGAAAUAAAUAUAGGGAGUAACGAAAACAGAAAAAUUUUGUUAAACUGCAAUAAUUAUGUCUUUGAAAACAAUAGCAGUAAUAAUAGCAAUAAUACCCUUGAAUGUGUUAAUCCCAAGGGAUGUAUCCAAGAGAAUAGUGUUUCUAUAAUUAAAUUCUUAUUUAACACUUUUAAUUCUAUUAAUUUUAGUGGUAAUUAUAAUUUGUAUGUUAAUAAUAAAAAACAGGAACAUAUCGAAUUUGACAUGAUAGUGAUUGAACCGCUAAUCUUUUUUAAUACUUCCUCUAUACAUAUAAACAAUUUAGUAGUUGGAAAAAGUUAUUGUUUCGUUUUUUAUCUAAUUAAUUUUGAUUUAAUGGAUGUACAUUUUGAAUUUGAUAAGAAUUCCUAUAAUUCUUUUAAUAACAAAAAGGAAAUAAUCAAAAUAGUUCCAUUUAAAGGAACUGUAAAAUCGUGCUAUAGAAAGAACAAAUAUAUGUGUAGACACCUAAAUAAAUCAAAUAAGGAGAAUCAGAAUGAGAUCAAGAAUGAGAAUAAAAAAAAUACAAAAGGUAAUAACAAAAAUGUAGUAAAUUUAACGGGUAUAUCUUCUCCUGUAGAUUCAGAUUGCACAUCAGACAUAUCAUGCGAAAACAAUUUUAGCGAAUAUAAUAUUUCACCUUAUGAUGUCAGGAAUAAUAUAAUAGCAAAAAAGGACAAAGAAAAAAAAAGGAAAAUAAAUAUCAGUUAUUAUUAUAAUUCAAAUAACGACAGAAGUAAUAAUAAUAAUAAUACUAAUGAUGUUGUUAGGGAAAUUAUUUCUUCUGUCUUAUCUUCUCCAUCUUAUUCCUCUGCCUCCUCUGUUUGUUCCAUGAAUUCUUCUUCGAAAACUGGGGAAUCUUCUUCCAGUUUCAGUUCUAAUAAGAAAAAAAUUGAAACAAAGAAUCAAAAAGAAAGUAGCAUAUUGUGUAAUACACGUAACAAAAGAGAAAAAGCAGAUAAGAAUAUUCUAGAAAAAUGGGAAUACUUAGAUACUUCAUGUGAGUCUGAUAGCGAGUCAUCUGAGCCUAAAUUAGGGGAUAAUGAUGAAAAUGAUGAGAAUAAUUUUAGGAAUAAGUUCUUUCUUCUUAAUUAUUAUUUUAAAAAUAUUUGGAAAACAAGUAAUUAUGAUUUUGAAAAGGAAAUUAAAAAAAUUUUAGGAAAGGGAAAGAGCAAAAAAAUUAAACUAUAUUUCAAACCUUAUCUUGAGCAGUUUUAUAAUUUUAGUUUAUUCUGUAAAAUAAGCGAAAAAGAAGAACCUUUAAAAAUGAAUUUUAAAGCGCAAGUUCGUAAAAUUAAUAUAAACUGUUACAUAGAAUCUUUUGACAAUGAAAAAAUAAGACUUGAUUUAGAGAACUCUACAAAUAAUAUUAAAAAAAAGAACAACGACAUGAUAAAUAUUUAUAGUGUAGUAGAUUUUAAAGAAACAUUAAUUGGAAAAAAAAAAACUUCCAAUAUUGUAAUAGAAAAUUUAUGUGAUUAUGAUCUAUUAUAUAAAUAUUUUUUACAAAAAAAAGAUGAGGAAAUAUCUAUACAAUGUAGUGGUAGUUCUAUUUCAAAAAACGCCCCUUUUCAUAUAUCUAUUGUGUAUGCACCUAUAAAUAAUCAAAAAUAUGAAAAUUAUUUAACACUCAAUAUAGCCGAUUAUUAUUUAAUUAAUUUUAAAAUUACCUCAGUUGCGACCAACUUUUUAAUUCAUUUUUCCUUUUAUAAUUAUGAUUUUGGUAAUGUUAUAUUAUUCCCAAUUUUAGACAAAAAACUUAAAAUAAGAGAAAUGGAAACAGAGCAGCUUUAUGAAGAAAGUUUUUCUUCUGCUGAUAGCUCUCUCUCGUCCUUGAUAUCUACUUAUAAAAUUAAUGAGAAAAGAAGGAAAAUGCAAAGUUAUACGGAGAAGGUCAAGAGUGAUGACACUGCACAGGGAGUUAAGGGAAAAAACGCGGAGGGUAAACUUAAAAGAGGAGAUAAAAAGAGCAAAAGAAAGGAAAAGAAAAUGAAGGAGAAAGGUAGGAAGAAGGAUAACAACGAUGAGGAAGAGGGUGCAGAUAAAGAAAAAGAAAAGUGUAUAGAGAGAGACAAAGAAAAGGGGACAGCCAGAGAGAAGGAAAAUGGUGUAGACAAAGAAAACGAAAAGGGAGUAGACAGAGAGAAGGCAAAGAGUAUAGAUAAUGAGAAGGAAAAGGAUGGAGAUAAAGAGAAAGAAAUGAAUAUUGAUAAUGAGAAGAGGAAGGAAAAAGCGAAGAACAGGGGAAAAGAUAAAUCUUCCCAUAACGGUAAAAAGAAAGGAAGUGAAAGACAGGAAGAUGCAGAGAAAGUUCCAAGUAAAAUGGAAAAUGAUAAGGAACAGGAAAAGGAUAAAAACGUAAUUGAUGAUAAUGAAAUAAAAGGGAAUAAAAAACGAGCUAAAGAUAAAUUGGUUAAAAAUACGAAGGAAAAAAUUAAAAACGUAAAUUUUAAAAAGGAAAAAGAAACGGAAAAGGAAAAGGAUGACAAUGAUAUAGAUAUGCUAUCAGAAGAAGAAAAUUUGAAUUAUGUUGAAACGAAGCUUGACAUUUGUAAUAAUAAUGAUGAAGACUGCUAUAUUGAGUAUGAACUUAAUGAACGUUGUUUAAAAAUUACAAACCCAAGUAAAAGGAUAUAUUUAAAAAAGAAAAGUAGAAUAAGCCUUUUUAUUUUAUUCCUUCCAGAUGAAGAAAAGAAUUAUGGCUACAAGAUACCAUUUAUAAUUAAUAAUGAUAUGACAAAAAUUGUUUACAUCAAUAUUACAGGAUCUGCUAGUAAUUUCAAGUUGCCAUGUUCGUGUAAUAAUUCGAAUGAAAUUAAUUUUAAAGAUGUUCAUGUAGAUAAGGAAAGUAUUAACAAAUUUACUUUUCAUAACAAAAAUUCGGAAGAUAUAUCUUUUAAUGUAUUAAAUUACAAAUAUUUAGAAAAAUAUUAUUUGUCCUUUGUGAAAUUUGAUAAUAGUAUCUUACAUACUUUAAAAAAGAAAGAAAAAAAGACAUUAGAAAUAAAAUUUGUUCCUGAAAAAUAUGUAAAUGUAAAAAUACCUCUAUAUUUAAAUAUAAGUUACAAAGGGAAAAAUAUAGCCUAUUAUUUAACCUGCAUUAAAUUGAACAGUGUAUGUUAUAAAGUUAUUCUAAAGGAAAAUUUACUAACGUUUAAUAAAAUAGAUACACAGGAAGAUGUUUCAAAGGGGGAAAAUAAAAAUUAUAUUAAUGAUAUUAAUAAUAUUAACGAAAUUAAUGAAAUGAAUGAAAUUAAUGAAGUAAAAGAAAAAUUAUUUAAAUAUUGCAAUAAUAAAGAUUCAAUAAAAAGCAAAAAAAUUCAAUUACAUAAUAGGGGAGAUAUGAAUGCCCAUUUUCAAAUAAAUUACCCGAAAAAAUAUGAAAGUUUUCUAUUUUUUCAUCCUAAAAAAGGAAUUAUUUUUUCCUUCAACUUAACAAGUAUAUAUAUUUUUGUAGACACUAAUUUUAUUAGUAAAGAUAUAUAUAUUAAUGAAGCAUCUAUUGAAUUAUUUCCUAAAUUUAGCAAGAUUAAUAGUAAAAUUUUUUUUAAUAUCUUUAUUAGUUCAUGUAAUAACAUAUUAAAGCACAAAUGUACUUUUAAGAGUAAUAUAAAAACAACCACUGAUAUGAAAACUACAGAAGAGCAGACAAACAAUUCUGAAAUAUACCAAAUAAGGAAAGAUGAUAAAAAAGUGAUUAAAGAAUGUGGGGAAAAAAACGAAAACAGUCAAUGCAAGGUAGAAGGUGAAAAUAUUGAAUAUAAGGAAAAAAACGUUAAUAUAUUCUCCUUAAGAAAUGAAACUAUUAUUACCUUUGUGACAGAUAUUAGAAAACCAAUAAGCAACCAAAUCGAAAUAUUUAAUGAAACAGAAUCAAAUUUUAAAAUGAAAUAUAAAUUCUUUUAUAAUGAGAAUAACUUCUUCUCUAUUGUGAAGCACGAAGAUAUAAUCAAACCAAACGAUAAUGGGACAUUUGAAAUAGUAUAUAAUCCUUUAUAUGUUCAAAAAAGGAAAAACAAUACUAAUAAUUAUCACAGUACUUUGUGUGGAAAAUAUUUAAAAUAUUGUCCCAAAAUUCAUCACAUAUCAAAGUUGGUUAUUUAUUAUCCUAAUGAUAUUGUAAAGAAUUACAUUUUAUUAGGUUAUUCAAAAAAUGAUACUUAUGAAAAAAAAAUUAUUUAUAAUUUUAAAUCUAAAUCUUUAAACGAUGCUUCCUUAAGAGUACAAAAUUGGAUAGAUGAGAACCAAGAGUUGCUCAUUACGCACUAUGGGUGCGAUAACGACUUGAAUGCUACAAAUAAUGACCUCUUCUUUUUUUAUAUAAAUAAUAAAUUUAAUUUAAGUAAUAAGGAAGAAAAGAACUUAGCAUUUAAAUCACUAUCAUUAAGAGAAGGUACCUUUCAUGUAAUGUUAACUUUUUCAAAUGAAAAACAUGAAGAUGUAUAUAAAAUUUUAUUACAAUUUGAAAUAACAAAAUGUGAAUUCUUGUCUAUAAAAAAUAUUAAGGGAAAUAAAAAAGAAAUAUUGAAGGAGCAAAUUUGCAUUUAUAACCCUCUGGAUGAAAAUAUAAAAAUGGAUGCACUAUCUGAUUAUAACUACGUAUUUUUUGAUAAAUCUGUAGUACUUGAAAAAAAGAAAAAGAAAAAUAUUAACAUAUAUUUCUGUAUAAUUAAAAAUGAAAUUGAUAGAAAUGUCACAAUUUCAUUUACUAACAAAAUAAUGGGUACAUAUAACUUUAAAUUUAUUCUCAAUAUAUAUAUGAAUGAUUUUGAGGAGAAUUUCUAUUUCAACACUGACUUAGGGUCUAUUCAUAUAAAUGAUAUAUCAUUUAAGAAUAUUUGUAAUCAGAAAAUAAAUUAUGAUGUCGUUAUAGAGGAUUAUGAUGAAAAUAAUAAAAACUCAAAACAUAUAUUCCAGUGUAUUGACAAAACAAUAAGUGUUAAAUCUAUUGAUACUAAUUAUUUUUUAAAAAAUGAAACACUUAAUAAUUUAGUAGACAAAAUUAAUUUAACUAUCAAAUAUAACCCACCCGAUAUUAGAACUAACAAGGCUAUUUUAAAGCUCGUAUCCAAAGAGGGAAUUGUUUAUAAGGGUUUAAUAAUUGGAAAAAGUGUAGCCCCAAAACCUAAAGGCCCCAUAUUCUGUUCAUCGCAAAAAACAACUCUCAUCUCUUUCACAAAUCCGUUUUUCCAGUUGAAGCAGUUUUUCUUCAAAGUGGAUGAACACUUCUCCGUUCCUUUUGAAAAUAUAAAAGUAGAAGCGCGGCAAACACUUCAAAUACCAGUGAAGUGCAAAGUAACAAGUGCCACAUCAGGGAAACUUCUAAUUAAAUCAGAAGAUGAUAUUGUGUGGAUGUACUAUUUAACAGGACAGUGA